GGACGUCUGCAUCUAUACGUGAGUGUAAUAUAAUUUCUGUUCUCGGUUCGCUUUUUAUUUCAAAAAAGUUUUUGCUAAAGAGAGGAUCAAACCAAAGUCGUACCUUAAGUGUGGUAAAUUCUUAGUUUGUCCUUUCCUUGGGUUUUCCUUCGAAAGUACACAAACAAGAUGGACGUUAAGGUUAAGGUUUUCAAAAUGUUCAACGAAGAACUGGGCUCUGACUUGACGAACUUGAAAAACAUCGAGCAGAUUCACAAGAAAUUAGAGCAAGGCAAGAAUAAAGUCGAACAAUCCCUGUCUUUGGCUUCUAUGGAAGCACCUUCGAGAAUCCAAGAAGCUGUCCAAGAAGUCAAUGAUAUCGUCUGUAAUGUGAACAAAGUGAAAGCCAGGUGUGAGUUGUUGCGCGAAGAAAUUGAGGAAAGACUUAAACAAGAAAGCCGGACUUUGGAGCUACAGAGCAUCAUUGACGAUAUUUCCUGCUUGGAAAGAGCUUCCUCGUACUUGGAGUUUGUCAAGUUUGUCGAAGAUAUGAGUUCAGAGUUGGAAGUUUCGUUGACGUCGGGAAACGAUGAAGCCUGUAUUUCGUCGUAUUGUAUUUUGAAAGAAACUUGUCAGAAUCUUGAAAGCUCAUCGUGCGCUAAUUUGAAAAAUUAUCUGCGAAAUACCUUAUAUUACUGGUACGACGAAAUAAAGAACAAAUUUGCCAGAGAGUACGAUGAAGUAUUGGUUGCUGUAAAGUGGCCUUUUUGCGGAGCUAAUGCCAAUGCAGCUGGCACGCAAAGUUCAGAAUCCCUUGCAAGAUUCAAGAUACUGACAGAACAUUUAUUCAACUUGCAACUGCCGGAUAAUAUGACUAAAGAGAAACCAUCAGGUAUAUCUGUUAACUUUGUCCCGGUGUGCUUGCCGGUUUCUUUGCUCGUCAAACCAUUGAGGCAAAGGUUCUUUUUUCACUUUACCGGCAACAGAAAAACCAAUAGAGUAGAUAAGCCAGAGUGGUUUUUCACUCAAACUUUAAAUUAUAUCAAGGACCAUGUCCAGUGGAUCGAUCUGGUUGUUCAACCAAUAGCUUGUAUGGCAGGAUUCUCAAAAACGAAAGUUAAAAUUGAAUUUAUGAGAGAAAUGGUACGAAUGGCCGUUGAAAAAUUAAAUACAGAACUUGAAGAUGUGCAGUAUGACGAUUCUUUGUUUGCCCACGUCGUGGACGAGGCUCUUGGUUUUGAAAAGGAACUCAGAGAUUCUUACAAGUAUCCACCAACGGAGCCAGCUGCCGUUUUCGUACUAACUCAGGCACAAAUUUUCAUCAAGUGGAUAACAAUGGAAAAAAAGUAUGCCACUGAAAAAAUGGAUGCAAUCUUGAGUUCUGAAUCAGCUUGGUCGAAACUGCCGGGACUCGACAGAGAUGAUUUAAAAAUAACCAUAUGCUCGGAUGCAUUUCUCACGCUUCUAAACAUCAUAUCAGACAGAUAUAGACUAUUGCCUCAACCAGGGCAUAAACUGCAGUUUUUAGAACUGCAACUAGAAUUGAUUGACGAUUGGAGGGUGCGUUUGUUGCAAUUACUUCAUGACGAUUACAAAGAUCCUUUGUCUUCUCUUAAACCAUUGAUUUUGAAUGCUAUUUAUUAUGUGGACACUGUACUUCAAGAUUGGGGAGUUUCUGUUCCAUUUUUAAAACUCUAUUUUUUUAAAAAACAAUGUGAAGAUGCCGAAAAAUCAAUGCUCCAAAAGUCAUUCUCAAAUACAUCAAUCGAAGAAAAUGAAAAUGAUGGGACUGUUUUUGAUGAAGCUAUUAGCUUGCUUAAGCGAAUCGAAAAAAAGCUCAUGACGGAAAUUGGCGAUGUCUUAUUUAUGGAAAUAAAAUCGAAGAGUAGAUUAUACUGCAAUGACAAAUGGUUCGCGAUGCCAUCAGAUAAAGAAUGUUUGCCUUCGUUGACCAUAAGCGCUUGUCCAAUGUUCCAAGAAAUCGCUAAUCGCUUGCGUGCUCUUCAAAAUGCUCUCGCGCUACCAUUGUUUGAACAAUCGUGGAUGAACUUGGCGCUAUGCUUGGACAAACUGUUGUUUGAAGAGCUUGUCUUGCAAAAUAAAUUCAAUGAUGGUGGAGCUGCUCAAUUUCAGUACGAUGUCAGAAGAAAUUUGUUUCCGCUAUUUGGUUUGUACACCAAAAAACCCGAAUCUUACUUUCCUCUGAUCGGAGAAUCGUGCAUUCUAUUAAACAUGUUACUUGGUUCGGUAAUUCUAUUAUUAGAAGCUUUAGAAAACGCUGACGAAGAUGUUAAAAAAGACGUUCUAGCAGAUGUUAAUAUUCAUCAGCUAUCCUCACAGUUGGCAAUCAGGGUGCUGAAAACCAGAAUGGACAUAAGUACCAGAUGACAGAGACUGAUGUCGUUGGAGAUAGAUUAAGUUUUGUUAACCAUGAAAAGAUAACUUUUAUAAUAAAUAAAUUUUUAAU